AUGGAGAACUACUACGUCCAAUCGUCGCCAUCAUGGUCGUCCGGUCUCCCCACGCCCGACCGUAAAGAUGCACUUGCAGCCCAUGGCGUACUAUCACCACCUGUCUCCCGAGAUCGAAUACCCCUAAUACCCAUCGAAGAUAUCGCCGAUGAUCCCUUCCUUAGCUCCCCCGAGACUAGUCCUCGACGCCAGGCCCUGAAGCAAACCCCGUCCGGAGACAAGCGGAAACGAGAGGCCGCCCCCAAGCCGUUUUCACCCUCGAAAGUAGUUGUGAUUUCGUCCGCUUCGAGUAACGAGGGCUUGCCUCCGACGAAGCGGCCAAAAGAAGCCAUAUAUAUCGAUCACGAGGAGCUGGAGCUGGUCAAGAACGACCCAGACUGGCUCCGGAAACGGUCUCGCGAGUUGAUGGAUGACGAUGACGAUGCCGGUCCAAGCGAACAACUACCCACCGCAAACCCAACCUCCCAUUCCACUGACGAGACAAACCAAGAGGCUCCCGCAACUGGGCAACCAAACCCAGACCCUGAGACACCUCAAAGCGACGACCCGGAACUCUGUCCAGAGCAACAGAAGGUGGUUGAUCUGAUCCUCAGCGGCCGCAAUGUCUUCUACACUGGCUCUGCCGGCUGCGGCAAGUCAACCGUCCUGAAAGCAGCCGUCAAGAGGCUCCGAGAUCAGGGAAAGUCCGUGCACAUUCUCGCACCUACAGGGAGAGCAGCACUCCAGGUAGACGGGAUGACCACAUGGACCUACAUGGGAUGGACGCCCUCCUUUCACCAACUGGAUCUGGAGACGCUCCUUCAAAGGACUCAUCGGAAGCACGUGCGGAGACGGUUGCUCCGGACCGACGUUCUCAUCAUCGACGAGAUUAGCAUGGUAGAGAAUCAUCAUUUGCAGCGCAUGGACGUUUGUCUGCGGGAAGCCAGGGAGUACGGCCAAAAGGUAAAGCACCCCUUUGGAGGGUUGCAAGUCAUUUUUACUGGCGACUUCUGCCAGCUUCCCCCGGUCAAGCCUUUCGAGUAUUGCAUGUUCUGCGGUCUGAAAACCAAGUUGGACACUUGGGGGACGCAGUAUGAAUGUCCCAAAAAGCAUGGUCCAUUCAAGGAAACGGACAAAUGGGCGUUUCAAAGUCAAGCCUGGAAGGAUGCUAACUUGGAACACGUUCAUCUGAACGAGAUUCAUCGCCAACACGACGAAGACUUCAUCAAGAUCCUACAGAGAUGCCGGCGCGGCGAGGCUUUCGACUCAGACGAUGUGGAGCUCCUCAUGAACCACGAGUGCAACGUUGCCAAUGCCACACGCAUCCUCUGUACUAGGGAGGAGGUGAAUGGAAUCAACAGGGCCGAGUUUGGAAGGCUAAGAUCGGAGGUGCACCAAUUCACGGCCGUUGACGGCUUUAGGUGCAAACACCCAUACCUUAAGUACAUCAAUGACAAUGGCAACAAGAAUGAGGAUGGGACACUGAAAGCUCUUCGUGAGCAUCGAAUCGACCCACGGGUUGAUCUCCGCGUGGGAAUGGUCGUCGUGCUGCAAGUCAACCUUAACCUCUCCGAAGGGCUUUGUAAUGGCAGCCAAGGCUUGCUCUGCGGCUGGGAGGACGUGGAUCCGAACAAUCUCCCAUAUGCCUACCGGAGGAGAGAGGCUGAGUCGGGGUUGGGGCCAAUGGCCAUCACUGGGGACUACGCAGAUCUAAAGGAGGAACAGAUCAGAAAGUUUUCACAGCAGGAGCACGUCAGACAGUGGCCGAAGGUGAUGUUCCAAAUAGGCGAAAAAACCAUAAGAAGGACCAUCUAUCCCUCGUGCUUUAUCAACACGAUGGGCGAAGGAAAAGACCCUCAAGACUUCUCUGUCCUUCACAGGACUCAGAUCCCUCUCGUCGCCGGAUGGGCCAUGACCGUGCACAAGAGUCAGGGCAUGACCUUGAACCGUGUCAUUGUCGAUUUGUCGAGGGCUUUUGAAGAGGGUCAGGUGUAUGUGGCCCUCUCUCGGGCAACCAAUCUACAGGGUCUCCGAAUCGAUGGCGGUGCGAAAGCCCUGGAAGACAAUGUGAUGUGCAAUGCCGAGGUGACGACAUUUCUGCGCGAGAAGUUCGAAUCACUAGAGCUGCUGGAAAACCAUUGA